UUGUUAAAUAGCGAAGAUGUAGAACUAAGGCGUAUAUUUCCAAAUGAAUUUCCUCAGGAUACUAUACGAAAAAGUGGAUCGCCAUUUGCAGAGCAUUUAGGUCGAUACGCUGAACUGGAGCGUUACUUCAAAAAACCUAAGGACAAAUUAAAUAGUCAUUUUGAAGAACUUAUGUGCUAUAACGAAGACGAAAAAAAGGUAUGUAGGAUCGAUUUAGACCGUUAUUUACCAGAAGAAAACAGUUAUUACUUAUCCCCUGCUGUCGAAAGUCACGUUGACCGUCGACGAUUUGUCUUAUUAAGUCUGGUAGCCGUCGUGGCAGCAGCACCCCAAGCGGCACAGCGUCCGAAACAGAAUGCCGAAGAAGUUCAACUUCUACGCUUCGAUUCUGACAACGAUGGACUGGGAACUUACAAUUUUGCUUUCGAGCAAAGCGAUGGCACUAAGAAGGAAGAACAAGGUGAACUAAGGAACGCUGGAACAGAUGAAGAAUUCGUAGCCAUGAAGGGAUCGUAUUCGUGGCUUGGACCUGACAAUGUGUUGUAUACAAUUACCUAUACCGCCGACGAAAACGGUUUCAAUCCAACAAUCGAGCAAGGACCUGGAGGCGCCAUACCGCCGGGUGUUGUUGCUUCACUUCUUGGUUAA